AUGAGUGCCCUACAUGAGGUGCUGGUCAACGAGACAAUCAUAGAGGCGGUGCGGGUGGUCCUCGACAAAUACACCGCCGAGGGGCAUCAGCUCUCCGCAUCAAGCGGUGACGCCGGCCUCUCCGUGGAAGAAGAGAAUCUAAUCCGCAGUGGUGUUCUUGCCGGGUUGCAGGAUCUCUGCGCAGCGGCCCAGCAGAGUCUCACCCGCAUGGCAUCGCUGGAGAAUGCCAAGGGGGUGGACGGCGUUGCGCAUUUGCGUCCGGCGACCGCACUGACCCCGACCACGCCGCAGGCGUGGAAUUCCGCUCUAGCCCGACUGGGACGCAAUGCAACGGCGAUGCAAGAUGUCGUGCAGCAGGCGGUGUCCAGCAUCUCGGCCUAUCUUCGCACCGGUGGGGGCCGCAAAGAAAACGGUGUCGAGCACAUGGCCGCCACCGCUGUCUAUGCGGCCACCCCGGAGGUGACUCGAGCACUGGAAGCCGCUGCCGCAGCGCAGCACGCUCUUGCAGGGGAUGAUACCUUGCCAGCGGACGCUGCGUUGCCGAUGACGGCCGGGAGUAUUGCCGUGCGUUUAAGCACUUUCUCUGCUGCGGAGUGGGUGUGGCUGUCGGCUACCCUCGUGCUUGGCUACCUGGUUGUGUUCUUGGUGUUUGGGCGUAUACUGGGUUUUGGUGCUGUGCUCAAACGGCGGCGGCCGCGAACGACGACGGUGUUGAUUGGCCUGCCCGGCAGCGGAAAGACAGCACUCUUCGUGCAGCUGGUGCACCAUCAGCAGCUCUUUGAUUCACGGACAAGUAUGCGUGAAAACAGUGGAUACAUGUGCGCAGCUGCGCAGCAUGGCCGCUCCAACAGCACGGCAGGGGUGAAGGUUGUCGACUGCCCUGGACAUCCGCGCCUGCACCAGGGAAUGCUGCGCGCCCUCAAUGAAGCCGUAAACGUCGUCGUGGUCAUCGACUCCGUCACCGUCCAGGACAAUCAACAAGAGGGCGUUGCUGCGCUGGCGGAGCUUCUCUUCAAUGUGCUGCAGUCCCCUGAGUUCUACGGGGUCCGCCGGCUCCUCUUUGCUUGCACGAAGCGCGACGAGGUAAUCAGCUACGCCUCCAAGGCGGUGCGCAAGCUUCUAGAGGCGGCCAUGGUUGCCUCGAUCGAGUCGCGGCAGAAUGCGAUGGGUCGCGUAGAGAUCGUACGCGACGGCCACAACGCGGUCAUCACCGGGGAGGGCAAGUCUGGCCGCGGCAGAAGCGUUGGUGGCCGUCGGUACAUGCUCUCCUUGGACGGCGCGGACAGCGAUGAUGGCGGGGGGCAGGCGCCGCCUCGCCGUGGGUCUUUGCGUGGGGCAGCCGGAGCGAGUGCGAAGAGCUUCAGCUUUGACCAGCUGGGGAUUCCUCUGGCAUUUGUGGACGUGAGCAGCCGGCCGAACGCAGCGGACCACAAGUACUCGAUCACCGUCGUCGAGGAGCUCCUGCUGGGAAACGGCUGA